AUGAAGUACGGCCGGGCGCCUUCCUACGCCCCGUCGUACCAGGAGCCGCGGUACUACGCCCAGCCGUACCAGUUCGCGUACGCCGUCAAUGACCAUUACAGCGGCUCGGUGUUUUCCCAGAACGAGAAUAGCGAUACCAAAAUCGUACAGGGCUACUACUCGGUCAACCUGCCCGACGGCCGGGUUCAGCACGUCAAGUACACGGCUGACAACCAGGGCUACGGCGGCUACAACGCCGAGGCCGACAGAGUCGCGGUUGCUCUGGCUGCUCUGGCACUGCUGGUGGACUUUGAUCUUGUGGCUACCCAGAACUGA